GACCUACAGAUGAUCUAUCAAAAAUUAUCGGUGCGGGGAUACUUUUGUCGGGCACUGUAAUUGUCGCGUUUCAAUUGAGCUCAACAUCCAGUAUAUUUGGGUUUGAGGAUGGAAAAAUUGUUAGUCAACUUUUACAAGAAUUUUUGUGUCAAAUAUUGGAACAUGACACAAGUUACGCUGGAAAUGGAUUUCAGUCAAGUCUAGUAAAAAAUUCACGAAACCAAUUUUUCAAUUAUUACAUCUCAAAGGGGUAUGGAAAAUAUAAAAAACUGGUGCUUCGCCUGCAGCUGCACAUGAUCAAAUUAUUCAAAAAAAAAGAAAAAGUCACCAUGGUGUUCAGUUAUGAAUUGGAAUGA